UGAGAACCGUGUAGACUCAACCUGCUCUGCUCAGUGCCUGUGCUUCUCCACGAGCGACCGGAAGUGUUGAGUCUAUAAAGCAGCCUGUGUGUUUGACCGUGUGUCAUUAAUAGACCAGUAUGGAGCUUAGUCUACUUCCCAUAAUGCUCUUGCUGAUUUCAAGCAUCCACCAUGGACACACUCAAGACAAAAUCAAAGUAACUGUAAAGCCUCAGAAUUCAGUGUUCACUGGAGACACAGUUACUCUUAGUUGUGACAUGGAAGGGGCAGCUAGGCAGAGGACAGUCUGGUUCAAAGACUCCACAAGACUAAAAGUUGGUGAUGAAACAGAAAUUCUGAGAAAUGUGAACAUCUCUAAUGGAGGAAAAUAUGCGUGUACUGUAUCAACCACCACACAAAGCCAAAAAGUUGUGCUGACAGUAAGAGAGAGACCCAAACCUGUAGUGAAUGUUCAUCCUGAUGGACGAGUUCUCAAAGGACAGACAGUCACUCUUACAUGUGACAUACAGGAGACAAAUGUGACCAGCUGGAACUACAGCUGGACAAAAGAUGAUUCAGUGAUUCAUGUCAGUCAAUCACAGGAAUACACAAUCAGUUCCGUUCAUGAAUCUCACACAGGUAAUUACAGCUGUACUGGAAACGAGACGCAAGGAUCACGAUACUCACACACCAGUGAUAAAGUUACACUGUCCGUAUCAGGUGAGUACCUUUAUAUCUAUUCAUCAGCUCUGUUUCAUGCUCUGUUAAUUGGAGUGAUUGCAGGACUGAGUGUCGCAUUUCUGCUCACUUUCUUACUGGUCCUGCUGUUCUGCUGCAAACGCAACAAAGGUGGAGGAUCUCUGUCUCCCUCUACUGACCAUCAGCUGCAAAACAUCAGUCAGACAUCACAACAUCCGAGGAAGAGUGGACAAACACCACUGCACUCAGAUAUCGUAAUAGGUCAUUCUGAUGUGACCUAUGUUAAGAUUGACCUGAAAUCAAUGAAGGAAAUGAAGAAGAAAAAGAGAGAAAAUAAAGGAAAUGAGAGUUCUAACACUGUUUACUCCAAUCUGAGGAUGUAAAGCGGUUAAGGUGCUGUUGCUGCAUCUAGUCAAAAGUUGGUGAAUUGAAUAUAUUACCCUAAUUAUUAAACAUAGUGUUUAAAUCAUUGAUCAAACCAUGCAAAUAUUCAUA